GGCAGUGGAAAUUCACUGAGGUUCCCCGGUGUUGGCUCAGCUGCGGGCUUGAAGAAGCCAUGAUGUCAGAUCCUUGUUUUCCUUGGAGAGCUCCUCAUCAGCUGCAUUGUUUCCAGGAAAGCGCGGGGGCUCUUCUCAGGGGCAACCCACAAGAAACCGCAACACGUACCUCUCGCCCCCCCCCCCCAAAAAAAAAAAACACACACAAGAAGACGACCGGCGGUGCUGAUGUCACACUUGUGAGGUUUGCCGUGAUUGAUGAAAAUGUGAACAGAUGAGCUUUUCUAGGAAGGUUCGGAGAACCGCAAUGGAUGCGGACUCGGGGGAACUGUCGUCAGAAACGAUUGAAAUAUUCUUGGCGCUCCAGGAAGAAACGCGGCUUGGGUUCCGGGAGCUCUUGACGCCGAGAACUGAAACAUCCUGCGCUUUGGGGACAGCGAGUGUGAAGUAGCAACUCCAGAGACUUUUAGAGACUCCGGCGGGCCAUCCGUCAGGGCCGCGGCUGAAAAAAAAAGAAAAGAAAAGAAGAAAGAAAAGGCCACAGGUGGGGUGCGACGGCGGGAGGGCACGACCUCGUGUUUGUUCCUCCGAGUAGGCGGCAUUGUCAUCGGCUCGAGCGGCGUUCGGAAGAAGGCCUGCUGGUUGGCGAGGCAUUCACAUCUUUGUGCUCCGUAAUGAAGCGCCCACCUCUCACCUGCCCCCCCGACACCCAUUAUAAUCGCACAAAGGGGACAAAAAUGACUCCAUUCGUUAGGAGGUCGGCCGCUUCGCGAACUUCCGCCGUCAUCACAUCGGGAGCCGUGACGAUCCUCGGCCGCGGGCGGGCCGUUAAAUACCCGGGCGAGCCGCAUCGGGGGCCAGGCGAGCGCUCCGUCGUCCAAGCGACAAGAUGUCCCGCGUCCGCCACGCCGUCCUGGCUCUGCUGCUCCUCUCCAACCUCAGCGGACGAUCGCUCGCCGGCGCCGCCGACAACGAUGGGCUGAGCGCACCUGUGUGGGACGACGGCGACGCCGCCGCCCUCCGGACGAACUGGAUGUGGGAUGUCGCGGAUGAAGACGCAAAGCCCAAAGUACUCCCGUUGGCGGGCACGAGGCGGAGAGGAUCGGCUUUUCCCGCUUUCCACCGGCGACUUCCUGCGUCGGACGAGGCUCGCUGGAGGGAAAAUCCAAUUGCGGAGAAAAUCGAGCGCCGGGACGCCGACAUCGACAUGUUGCGCUGUAUGAUCGGGCGAGUGUACCGGCCCUGCUGGGGAGGGACAUAAACGCGGGCAGAAGAAUGCGUUGGGACAACAAGUGUGUAAAAGCAAAUAAAACUUUAUUGAAAAUGAACUCUGC